AGCCGAUCAACAACAUAUUUCUUUUCACCUUCAGUAAAAGUGUGGUAAUUGUAUCACGAUGGUAAUUGAGAAUUCAGUUCGUUAUAUCGUCGACCUGAUCAACAAAUAUGUUCCAGAAGACGUCCACAAAUUAUUACCAGAGUCACCACUAUCACAAGCACUGCUAAUUGGUACAGCCACUGGAUUAUUAGCCUAUUUGAUAUUCAGAAAACGUUACAAGUUGCCACCAGGACCAUUUGCUUUGCCAAUUGUUGGAAGCCCAAUUUUCUGGUCUACUAAGAAUAUAGGUAUUGCAUUUCGAGAACUUACUAAAACAUAUGGUCCGGUUUUUACAGUUUAUCUCGGACCACAACGAACAGUAGUUUUAAAUGAUAUUAACUCUGUAAAUGAAGCUCUGUUAAAGAAAGGAGCCCAUUUCUCAAAUAGACGACAGUUCUAUUCAAUUCACAGAGUGUUAAAUAAUAGCGAAGAUAUAAUAUUUGACAACUAUGGUACAGCAUGGAAACUACGGAGAAAGUUGGCUUCAAGAGCAAUAAGAUUGUUUGUGACCAGUAACAGUUUUAAUCAAAAGAUUGAAGAAGCUGUAUCCAAAACGUUGGAGGCCAUGUUAAAGGAGCCUAGAGAGUUUGAUCCCAAACCGUACAUGUUUUAUGUUGUGUUAAACAUCAUAGCUGGAAUGUGUUUUGGGAAAAGUUAUGCGUAUGGUGAUCCCGAGUAUCUUGACUUAUUGAACAACUUAGAAGCCAAUAAUGCAGUGCAAAAUGACGGAUUAAUAUUUGAGAAUAUAUUUUCCUGGUUUGCUGGAAUAUACAAAACGAAACGAUGCCGAACUCAAGAGGAUCUGAUGGAGAAGUUCUUAUCCCACGUUGGUGGUUAUGUCGAGGAGCACAAAGCUAAUUUUCAACCAGGAAAGAUCACCGAUUUUACCGACAGUUUAUUACAAGCUCAACUUGAUAUUGCUGCUGAAGGAAAAGAUGACAUGUCCCAUUUAAAACCAGUACAUAUCAAUUUAAUAAUUUUUGAUAUUUUCAUUGCGGGUAAUGACACCUCAAGAAACACUCUUAUCUGGACGUUGAUGUUUAUUAUUGGUACAGAUGGAGUUCAAAAUAAAAUCCAAACUGAAGUUGAUAAAGCAAUAGGAAAAUUAAGGUUUCCGACCACUCAUGACCGGAAUAACCUUCCUUAUACUGAUGCAGUUCUUCAUGAAUCCAUGAGACUUGGACCAGUUGCUGCUACUGGUGUUCCUCAUAGUACAUCCUGUGAUACUACUCUGGGCAAAUAUGAUAUACCUAAAGACACGAUGAUUAUGAUAAACCAUUAUUCUUUACACACUAAUCCUGAUAAUUGGUCCGAUGUGGACAAGUUUAAACCAGAGAGAUUUUUAGAUGAUGAUGGAACAAUGGCACCAAAACCUGACAAUUGGCUUCCGUUUAGUGCUGGCAGACGUGUUUGCGCUGGUGAAUCUUUGGCUAAACCGGAAUUACAUCUUAUAUUAGCCUCUUUAUUUCAUCGUCUGGAAUUUUCACCUGCUCCUGGUACUACAAUAAAUAUGACACCAGAUUUGUCCCCAGUAACCAUGGCACCCAAACCAUUUAAAGUGGUAGUGAAGAAAAGAUUUUAAAUAGAUUGAAUUUAUUAAAUAACCAUUAUAUAAAUAUGUGUAACAAUGUUACGAUAUCUAUAACAAUGUUCAAAUAUUAUGUUACAAUAUGUCUGAUAAUGGUAUUAAUGUUUAACAAUGUUAGGUUAUGUAUUACAAUGUUAAAAUAUUAUGUUACAAUAUGUUUAAUGAUAUCACAAUAUGUAGAAUAAUGUUAUGUGUUACAAUGUUACAAAUUUCUGUAUUAAUAUGCCUCAUAAUGCUACAAUAUGUGUAAAAAUGUUACAAUAUGUUAAACAAUGUUACAAAAUUCUAUUAUAAUAUGUUUAUAAUGUUAAAAUAUGUUACAAUAUGUCUAAUAAUGUUUAAAUAUGUCUAAAAAUGUUACAAUAUGUCUAAUCAUGUUACAAUAUUUUGCAAUAGUAUAUCUAAUAAUGGUAGAAUAUGUCUAACAAUGUAACAAUAUUUCUAACAAUGUUACAAUAUGUUUGAUAAUUUUAUAAUAAUAUGUCUUAAAUGUUACAAUGUAUUUUAUGAUGUUACGAUAUGUUUAAUAAUGUUACAAAAUUCUAUUAGAAUAUGUUUAUAAUGUUAAAAUAUGUUACAAUAUGUCUAAUAAUGUUUAAAUAUGUCUAAAAAUGUUACAAUAUGUCUAAUCAUGUUACAAUAUUUUGCAAUAGUAUAUCUAAUAAUGGUAGAAUAUGUCUAACAAUGUAAC